CCCUCAGUCCUUUCUAAAGUUGUUCCAGUCCAGCUCUGGUUCCCAUUCCCCGCCCAUCUUCAACAAUCUCGCCAUUGACACCGUCGCCGAGCAUUUCGCAGCCUUAGCCUAGUGCCGCCUGCAUCCUGCUGUCGCCGAUCAUCCCAGCUAGGCACAGUUGCCACUAUCCAGUCGAGAGAGGAAUCGCCUUCUAGAAGCGAGCGCCCAGGCCAGACAAGUGCUUAUCCUCGCCUGCCACCCACCCAUAACCCACCCCUUCCAAUCAGAACAGCAAUCUUUGCGUGCGGCCGCUCAAAAUGGACUUUGAGGGCGGCACUCCCGCCGCAGAUCAUCUCUGCGUGCUCGUCCACGGCCUCUGGGGCAAUCCCAGCCACAUGCACCAGGUCGCAAAGGCCCUUCGCAAGAAGCACGCCGCCGACAAGCUGCAUCUUCUCCUCGUCAAGCGCAAUCAAGGCAGCUUCACUUACGAUGGCAUCGAGCGCGGCGGCGAGCGCGUUGUCGCCGAGAUCCAGGAAGAACUGGCAGCCAUUCGCAGCCGCGGCGGCAACAUCUCCAAGAUCAGCAUCGUCGGCUACAGUCUCGGCGGCCUUGUCGCCCGCUACGCCGUCGGCCUGCUUUAUGCCAAGGGUAUUUUUGACGAGAUCGAGCCUGUCAACUUCACCACCUUUGCAACCCCCCACCUUGGUGUGAGAACUCCGCUCACAGGUUGGCACAGUCGCCUCUGGAACGAGCUCGGAGCAAGGACGCUGUCCAUGUCCGGCCACCAGCUCUUCCUCAUCGACGAAUUCCGCGACACAGGACGGCCCCUACUGGCAGUGCUCGCUGAUCCCCAGUCCAUCUUUAUGAAUGGUCUGCGCAAGUUCAAGCGCCGGACGCUGUAUUCCAACAUUGUCAACGACAGGACUGUGGCUUCCUUUACCUCUGGCAUCAUGAAGACAGACCCUUACACCGACAUGAAAAGAGUCAAGGCCAACUAUGUCUCUGGCUACGAGGAUGUCGUUCUCGACCCCAGGAACCCCGUCACCCCGUUGGCUUUGGAAAAGGAGUCCAGAACGCUCAAGUCAAUGACCGACUCCACUGUUUCGUAUGCAAAGAACAUGCCCGUGUUCGCCUUGCUUGCCGUGCUCAUCCCCAUUGGAGUCGCUGGCUUCCUCGCCAGCUCGGUCUACCAGACUGUCCGCAGCUCAAGACGCAUUCGCCUACACGAGCUGGGCCAGGCUGGCAUCAAGGUCGCAGAUUACCGCGUGCCCUUGCUGAUCCGUGAGCUCCGUGCGACCGCCGAGGAGACAUACGAGAGCCUCAACACUGCGGCGCAUGAGCAAGAGUACCUUGCCUCAUCGGACGAAUCUGAAGACGAGUCGCCGGCGCGGGGUUUUGACAAGGCCGACGCCGAGAUUUUGUCGCUGGAGCGCAAGCAGUCGCACCAGCCGCUUCCGACACUGGCGCUGGCCCCAAGCCAGUUUACCAUGAUCAACAACCUCGACACCCUCAACUGGAACAAGUAUCCUGUGUGGAUUCACAACGUUCGCCACAGCCAUGCUGCCAUUAUUGUGAGGUCGGAGGUGGCGAGGUUCAAGGAGGGAUAUGUAGUGUUGUCGCACUGGCUCGACGAGGAGUUCAUUCUCUGAGAUGCCCAACAUGAUCGCUGUUACAGGUCUGGCCGCUUGUAUCUGCUGGACUUUUGAUUUGGGGAGUGCGGCGCAUUAGCAUCAUAGCGAGCGUGUCUUUACUAGACUUUGUGGUUCUAUCAUUACUAUAUCAGCAGCUUAGGAAUCUGCAAGUCUCCUCCGAGUUUCCCCCGGAUGGACUAUAUCUUAAUCCCUCAGUUGUUAAGCCAUUACCGUGGGCCGAAAUUGCUUGCAAUCUCGUAGGCAGACUGUGGCAAAUCAGAUAGAGUGUCUCAUGAAGAAUUCCAUCCAUCCACUUUGCAGCGUCGGGAGCAGACCGGAGCAUCGAUCUGGACUUCCUCCAUCCCUCCACACUGCAUCGUGUGGCACCUGGUAUUAGGAGUG